AUGGCCGCCUGCACCGAUGAAGACCAACAGAACCAACAGCCUAAUUUCAAGCACUAUUGCAGAGUCUGCAAAAAGGGUUUUAUGUGCGGGAGAGCCCUCGGCGGCCACAUGCGCGCCCACGGCAUUGGCGACGAUAACGGCAGCCUCAGCGACGACGACCCCGGCAGCGAUUGGGAGGACAAGAUCGGCGCCGGUGCCGCCUCCGCCUCUGCCGCCGGAACUAAGAGAAUGUACCAAUUGAGGACCAAUCCUAACAGGCUCAAGAGCUGUCGGAAUUGCGAGAAUUGCGGAAAAGAAUUCUUGUCUUGGAAAUCGUUUCUUGAACACGGUAAAUGUAGCUGGGGCGAUGCCUCCGACUCCCUCAUCUCCCCGCCAGAUUCCGACGCCGAAGAUGACGGCGCCGGCGGGAGGCGCGGUUGGUCAAAACGACGGAGAUCCCUCCGGUCAAAAGUUGGAUGCGUCAGCUCUAAUUAUUCAACAAGUGACGAAGAUGAUCUCCUCCUGGCAAGAUGCUUAGUCCAAUUGGCCAACACGCCCGUGUCGCCCCCCGUGUUGGAUAUGGAAGAGUCCAGCGCCUCCGCUAGCAGGGAGGAGGAGCGGCGGAACCCUAGCGGCGGAUCGUACUUCAGGGCCGCCGCCGGGAAGGCGGCGUCGAAAGGGGUGUUCGAAUGCAAGGCUUGUAAUAAAGUUUUUAAUUCGCACCAGGCGUUGGGAGGACAUCGUGCGAGUCAUAAGAAGGUUAAAGGAUGCUACGCGGCCAAACAGGACCAAUCGGAUCAGGACAACGUUGCAAUCAAUUCCAGCGGCGGCGGCGGCGAUUAUAGCCGUCAGGACAAUAAUGCCGAUCCCAACACUUCUUUCCGAUUCGAGCAGGGCCCAGCUGCCCUGGUUGGCGCUGCCAGACGGAAAUCGAAAGUCCACGAGUGCUCAAUCUGCCACCGUGUCUUCACUUCGGGACAGGCCCUCGGCGGCCACAAGAGAUGCCAUUGGAUCACCUCUAACGCCGCCCUGCCAGCGGAGAAGCCGGCGUCACUACCAAAAUUCCUCUUACAAGACACCAUUAAUGCCGAUUCUAGAAUCAUCCAUCCGCCUCCAAAGGCGCCUGACAUCUCCGGGAAACUUGAUCUCAACAUUCCGGCGUGGGCCGACAUCAUCGGAGUCCGCCGUGACCCGCACAAUCCGUUGAGCUUUGAGGUUUCCACCGAGAUGCAUCUGCAGCCGUGGAUCGGCAACAGCGCUGCCACCAACAAAGACAACAUUACCAAUUAUCACAGAAACCACAACGUUAUAAAUGAGAUCAAAUGUUGCCCCUCUAACGCCGACGCCGACGCCGGCGCCGGCGCCGCCGUUGAGGACGAAGCCGACAGCAAGCUGAAGCUGGCGAAAUUGAGCGAUUUAAAUGACCUGAAGGAAAUGGGUAGCAAUGAAAAUUCUUCUCAGUGGUUGCAAGUGGGAAUAGGUUCACCGGCGACUUCUGAACCCGCCGCCGGUACCACCAUUGCUGCCAAAAAUUCGCCGGAGAGGUCGAAGGUGUUCGGAAUUAAUGGAGUUCCAACCGGAGGGAAUGAUCAAGUUCUGGAAUUCUAUGUUGUGUGGUCGUUGUUAGUACGAGGUUGUAGCAACGAGAACUUUAGGAGUGAACCCAAUUCUGCAAAUUCACACAAUUCUUAUCGAUCGAUCGAUCAGUCUUGUAAGAAAACUGAUUUAAUUGUAAUGGAGGAGAGGCAUAGAUGCAAAGUGUGCUGCAGAAGCUUUGGAAGUGGCAGAGCUUUGGGAGGGCACAUGAGAUCUCACGUGCCGAAGAUUUCUGCCUCGCCGGAGAAGUGGCCGGAAUUCGAAGAAGAUGAAGAUGAAGAUGAGUUUUUGUUGGAUUCGCCGUCGUCAUCGGAGGAAGAGGUGUUUUCCGGCGGGGGGAAUUUGGUGCAGGACAGGGAGAGUGAGACGGAGUCUUCCAGGGGAAAUUCCGGCCGCCGGAGAUCUAAGCGGGUUAGGAAAUCAAGAAUUUCCGACUUCGCCGCCGGCGGAGAGAAGAAAUUGAAAGAAGUGGGGGAUGAGCAGUCGGCAAUGGAGGGAGAGCCGGUGAGUUCGAUUUCCGACACCACGCCGGAAGAACACGUGGCGCACUGUCUGAUAAUGCUGUCCAGAGACAAAUGGACGCGUCGACGAGAAGACGAUGGCGACGGCGAUGGCGGCGGGGAAGUGAUCGGAAAGAUGAGUAAAGUUAAAGCGAAGUACAGAUGCGAGACGUGCAAAAAGGUUUUCCGGUCGUACCAGGCGCUCGGCGGCCACCGGGCAAGUCACAACAAAGUCAAAGUCAACUCGCCGGAGAAGCUCUCCAGUUCAUCUUCUCCGGCGCCGGCGGUGGAGAAGAUACACCAGUGCCCCUUCUGCCACCGGAUUUUCCCCUCCGGCCAGGCCCUCGGCGGCCACAAAAGAUCACAUUUCGCCGGCGGCGCAGUUCCCGCCGGAUCAAACACUCCGAAAAUCGGCGAAAUCCUUGACAUAGAUCUGAACCUUCCGGCGCCGCCCGACGACGACGAGAACAGCCAGAUUGACGUCUCCGCCGUGUCCGAGGCAGAAUUCGUCCAUUAAAGCAAUUAAUCGAUGAUUACAAAGCUUUUCUAACAGUGGACUGAGUGUCCGAAAGAGAGAGGUAGAGGUAAAAUUAAAUUAAAGUCAACUUUUUUCUUCAAUACACAAAUCAUCGUCGUCAUCUCCAUGGAUCUCAUCCGCCAUUAAUUAAAGAUUUAAUUUUUCAUCAAUACUGGGAGAAGAACAGAUCGAGCAGUUCAAUUUGGGAUUGAAUUUGAUUUGCUUCAUUUUAAUUAAUCAAAUAAUUAAUUGAAUUACAAUUAAGAAUCACAGUAGUAACACUAAAUAGUAAUAAUAAUAAUCCUGAACAGUUUUUUGCAGUUAGUUGUGAUUAUGGUACUAACAUUGCUCAUAGUUUCUACAUGUUCCCAACUGUUUUCUGCAAACCCCUUUUCUUGAAGUAACAAAUCAACACUAGUAAAAAAAUUUUAUUACAAAAUCAAUCAAAGUCUUUUGUAUUCCUUUAAUUAAACAAUGUACAGAGCAACAGCAGAAGUAAGAUGAUGUGAUUUUAUUUAUUAUAUUUUUUUUUUUUGUGGGUAUUGAAAUUUUUUAAAAAAAUAUAUGUAUGUAUGUAUGGCUAGAGUGGGGGUGAAGAUUCGAUUUGGUGGCACUUAGGUGUGAGAUUUGGAGUAAAUAAAAUUGAAUGCACAUACCUAAUUUCUUGACUAAUUUGUUUGUUGUACUGACCAAAAAGCACAGGUGAUUUGAUUCCUGCAAUUAAAUCAGUUUGCCAAACUUGGAAAAAUGGCAGUAGGAUGUUCAGUACCAAACUGCAACAAAUCCUUCCCCUCACAUCCUGUUUAUUUAUUUAUAUCCAUCUAUUUAUUUAUUUUAUUUCCAGGAUAGUUAAUUGGGUAAUACUAUUGCUCAUGCAG